AUGCAUGUAUUCAAAGUCGGAGCCACGGGCCUUGUUGCCAUGACUGGGAUGGUAACGUCAUCCUAUGUCGACUCGUUAUCCGAAAAUGCAAAAGAACAUUUGACUGCGAAUAUGGAGUGGACUAAUACGUACUACGAUAGAAACGCUGGGUAUCUUUAUGACCUCAGUGGUGCUGGGGCUCUUGGGCAUGAGAAUAGAAGUUCUGCCCGGUAUGCAUUUGGCCUCCUGGCCCGUAACAACGGCAAGGACAAACAUUCCAAAGAACCUAUAGCUGGGUCGGAUGCAUACCGCGAUAUUGAUAAUUAUUGGGAUCCAGAUUGGCGUGGUUUUACCGACACCACUUUGAUCAUGGCUUUGGAAGAAUUCCCGAAACUCAUCAGCAAGUCAGUGCAACAGCUAUUGCUUGAAUCGCUGCACAAUGCAACCAAAGGCGACGAGUAUCGGUUUGGUAAUUUGGAUCCCAACAAAGAUAACCUGUAUCCGGCACAUAGCAACCCGGUAAGCUGUCAUACGCGCAUUCAUAUCAGGCUGGACCGGUAG